GUUCAACAGUCCAUAUUAGAACGGGGAAGAUGCUUCCGACAAGUACACUGACUGCUGUCACACUGUUUACCGUUGUUUCUGUAGUCACCGGCGAUGAAAGGCCGAAUUUUAUUAUUUUAUUCGCAGACGACAUGGCUUGGGGUGAUCUUGGUGCGAACUGGAACCUCCCCAAAACGGCUUCAGACACGCCAAAUUUGGAUGAGCUCUCUGAAGGCGGAAUGAGAUUUACAGACUUCCACGCGGCGGCGUCUAUAUGUUCACCGUCGCGUGCGUCCCUCCUGACUGGUCGCCUGGGAAUCAGAAACGGAAUAACACAACUGGUUCCAUCAGCCGCCGUAGGGGGCCUUCCACUGAAUGAAACAACAUUUGCCGAGGUGCUUCACGAUGCUGGUUACAGCACGGCAAUGAUAGGUAAAUGGCAUCUUGGAAAUAAUGGGAGUUUCCAUCCAAUCAACAGAGGAUUUGACUAUUAUUUUGGUCUACCGUUCAGUCCUGACUCUGGGUGUACCGACGUGCCUGGAAGGGACAUACCAUCUCGGAAUCCAUGUCCAAAGGAUCUCCGCUCCUCGACGCCGCUUUCGGGCCGUAGUGAUUACGACAGUUUCGAAGAUUGCACAGGUAAUAGUGGGUACGCCUUACCACUGUAUGAAAAUUACACUGUAGUUGAACAGCCGUUGGACCUAUGGAAUCUUUCAGCUAGUUAUGCUGAGAAAACAGUAAACUUUUUAAAACAAACCCAAAAUAGCGAUAAACCAUUCCUCAUGUAUGUUGCAUUCACUCACAUGCAUGUGCCCCUGGGUCAUGGGUCAAAGUUCACGAAUAUGUCGGUCAACGGAUUCUUCGGUGACACCUUGCGAGAAAUGGACAAUAUUGUCGGUGACAUCAUGUCUACACUGCGAGCCAUUGGUAAAGAGGACAACACGAUGGUCUGGUUUACUUCUGACAAUGGCCCAUGGGUAAUCAAGUGUCAGUAUGCUGGCAGUCAGGGACCUUACAUUGGUAAAUGGCAAGAAAUAUAUGGAGGUGGUGGAAGCACUGGAAAGCUGACCCCGUGGGAAGCAGGUCACCGUGAACCGGCGUUAGUUUACUGGCCUGGGCGUAUAAAACCAGGGCAAGUAUCGGAUUCUUUACUCAGUGCAAUGGACAUAUUCCCUACCAUAGCAACCAUAGCUGGUGUUGCCAUGCCUGCUAAUAGAAAGUUUGAUGGUAUAGAUAUCACAGAAGUGUUAUUCGGUGGUAAACGAAUCUAUGAUGGGAGGGCGUUAUUUCAUCCAAACAGUGCCUCGUCUGGUACCAUGGGUGACUUAAAUACUGUACGAGUAGGAAGGUACAAGGCGCUAUAUCUCACAGGUCAGGAUUUCGCUCCUGCCGCUGCAUGCGGUGGUAAGACAGGUCCAGUACAAUGGCAUAGCCUUCCGCUUAUAUUUAACAUUGACACGGACCCAGCAGAGAGUUCACCUCUGAAUCAAACAUCGGCGGAGUACAAGGCAGCACUCGGGAAUAUACAGAAUGCAUUGAUAUUUAUCAUGGAUGAUAUUGCCAAUGACAACACAACAAUAGCAAACUGGAACACUGAACCGAGCUGCAAACCAUGCUGUAAUCCUAAUCACGUGGCAUGUCGAUGUAAAGACUGA